AGUCCUACACACAACGUCGCUUAUAGUAGCAGCAGCAGCAGCAAUCGCACAGCAAGAGAGCUAGAGAGAGACAGUACCUACCUGCAGAGCAGACGCCCCGGGCGAACAUGGCCGCCGACGAGGACGACGCAGUUGCUGACUCCUAGCAGUCCAACUCGUCGUCGCUCCGUUGUUUACCCGCGGUCUAAUAGGCCGCUAUUUUUAGGGGCCCACCUAUCUCCGCGCGCGCUCUCUCUCUCUCUCUCUCUCUCUCUCUCUAUAAGUGCUGCUCGUGCGUUCGUGUGGCUCGCGGUCCCCGGGCUAUGGAAAGCAUGGUCGAGGAAAAUGGAUCAACUAUGGACCCAAUGUCGCAGGGAUCUCAGAGCGGCGAGACUGCGCCGACCAUCGUAACAUCGGUACCGAUUAUACUCAAUACUACUUCUACUACUAAUCAACAAACGAGCGCUCCUCUUACUACUGCUACUACUACUCAUCAUCUGCUAGCAUCCACCAGCAUUGUGCAACUUACGCUGCCUUCUGCCGCUGCCGCGCAGGUCCAGUCGGUCAUACAACCCAACCAGCAGUCAGUCAUACAGACGGCGACGAAUAUACAGCCCGUUGCCAUAUCCAAGGGAAAUGUCAUUCUUGUCAGCAAACCCAACUCGGUCAUUCAGACAGCUCAAGGAAGCAUACAGGCAUUGCAGCAAAACUUGUGUUAUCAGGUUGUUGACGACAACAGCGACGACAGCUACAGCGACGAUGAAUCUCCAAAGAAGCGAAGGGACCUGCUCUCCAGAAGACCGUCCUACAGGAAAAUACUAAACGAUCUUGGCGGAGGUGAGAUAGCGGUAAAACGGGAAACGAAUUGGUUCGGUGUUGCAGCAGAGGGUCGGUUGCCCCCCCUUGAAUCCUCUUCUGAAUGUGACUCUAACGUGGACAGUGAAGUGUCUUCCCAUUCGCUCCAUUACCAAACAGUAAUACCUGCAGGAACUAUUCAGAUAGCAACUCAAGGAGAAGGUGUACCUGGAUUACAUACAUUAAGUAUGAGUAAUUCAGCAACAGCGGGUGGUACUAUUGUACAAUAUGCCCAAGGCCAAGAUGCACAAUUCUUUGUACCAGCAAGUACAGGUCAUGGUGUAGUGGUUGAAGAUGCAGCAAGAAAACGAGAAAUGAGGCUUCUCAAAAACAGGGAAGCAGCGCGAGAAUGCAGGAGAAAAAAGAAAGAGUAUAUUAAGUGUUUAGAAAACCGUGUAGCUGUGCUGGAAAAUAGAAAUCAAUCCUUGAUGGAUGAACUCAAACAUUUGAAGGAACUGUAUCAACACCAACAAAAAACUGAAUGAGGUUGGUACUUGUUGUUGAGGUACCAUAUCAACAUUAAAUCAUUGUUCAAUGAUGAUGAAUCUGCACACGCGCUGAUCAUGUACAUUAUCGUUGGUGUUGUUCUGCAAACAAAGGUGAUGUACAUGCACUCGUAUAGAUAAGUGUUUCUUGUAACAUAUUGUAUUUAUGUACGACUACAAAGGCUUGUGAAACUUGCUGUUACUAAAGCGAGAAGCCAAAGUUUACACACAAUGCAGAAAACAGUCAUAUGCGGUUGAAAAACAUCUUAUUUUUUGUUUUAUUUUUUAUAUAUAAACAAGAGUUGUACACGAAAUGAACUGUUGGAACGAGGUGAGAUGUUGCUCUUCGAUGUAUGGCGCAAAGUGUCUUGAAUUAUGAAUCGAGAGAUUUUGUUGCUCUGCCAUAUGCAUAAGAUUUUAGAAUAUUUUAUUUGUGUGAAUGAAAGAAAGGCAACAUACUUCUUAUAAAGUUUAUAUGGUUCCAUAUGAUUGAAAACAUGGAAACUGUUAUGAAUUUUAUUUCAAGCAGAAUAAUGUUACAAAUUGUUAAGAGCAUCACUAAGAUCUUGUCACUCUAAUAUCUAUUGUGUUGCACUACUCGGUUUUAAAUCAAUGAUAUGCUCUGAACCGAAUGUCACACAUUUGUAAAAUACAGAUGUAAUAUAAAAUUGGAGUGCCUUGCAGAUUAGAGUAUAAACACAUAUAAAUCUAUAUGUAUAUAUAUAUAUAUAUAUAUGUAUAUAUGUAUGUAUACAUUUAUAAAAUAGAAUAUAUAUAUGAAUUUAUUAGUAUAUUUAAGUAUAUACUAAAUCAUAAUGUAUGGAAAAGAUAUUUUUAAAUAAUUUAAUGCUGAACGUUUUAUGGUAGAUUAAUCUGACCUAUUUAGAGACUUCAAUUAAAUAAACAUCAAGAUGUUUGUAUGUUCUUGUUAAGCUAAAAUGUAGCAAGAAAUUCGUUCUACUGAACACUCUUUUGGUGUAGGUUAAAUUUCUAAUGGUUCUGACAAUGUUUUUAUUUUUACUUAAAUUGCAGUUCCUUUGUCGUACAUUGGGUGCAUUUGUGUCUAAGUGUUACCGAUAAUCAUAUGGAAAAAUUAUGUCCCAAUGUAUAUUAACUAUUUUUAUUCAAAAAGAAUUAUUAGUCUUGAUGUAGCGAGAGAUAAAACAUACUAGUUCGAUUCCCGAUUCAAAAUGUUGAAAAAAUUAUAAAAAUGAUUAUAGAGAAAUAAAUAUGGUCAAAAAAUUUUAUUUUACAGCAUAAAAUGUAGUGUUCAAUGUCAAGUCUUUGACUAACUGACAUAAUUUUGUCCCAUAAUGGUCAAAAAGAGAUCUUUAACUGUUUGAUUAAAUCUCACUUGUAAUUAUAUGUAUAGUAUGUGUAUAUCUUGGUUACUGCGCUUAUAUUCUAGAGUAUUGUAUAUAGAAAUAAUAGAUGUAUUUUUACAUAUCAUUGGCCUUCUUCAAAAAUAUUGCUUGUAAAUCUAUCGAUAAAAAACGUCUUUAUCCAUUUCCUCAUUGACAGAACAAAGACCAAGUCAUGAAAAUAAUAGUAUUUUCAGUUAAGCCGAAAGAGAAAUAUCAUUAUAAAACUAAUUUUGUAUACCGAAGUGAAUGAUAUAAGAUGUAUUGAAAUUUACAAUAAACCUAAAUGGUAUGCAAAAAAUUGUAAUCAGCUCUAGGCUGUCAAUGAAAGCAGUUCGCAAUUUUUGAUUAUCAUUUAACACGUUUAUUAUAAUUCAUUAUAUUGCUUCGAAUUACUUUGUGACAACCAAUUGUUGAGGGUGUCAAUUUGUUGUUGUACUGCUGCUAAACUUGUGCCACCGCAAGUCUUGUAUUGUUCUACACUGCUUUCGAAAUUCCAGAUAUUUUUGACAUCCUCAUCGAAAACGGGUCUACAAAAAGUAAAAUACUUAUAUAGUAUAAGUCAUGAUGAAGCAUUAGAAUCUUCGGCCAUUUAUUUUAAACUCACGAAAAGUUUUUCAAUUUUGAAACUGGAAAUUCUUUAAUCGGUAUCUUUUCGGUUUCGGUUGCACAGAUUAUCUGACCGACAAUGUGAUGAGCAUUUCGAAAUGGAAUCUGCAAAAGAAAAAUCAAUGUGCACACGAAAAUUGUGUUAUUCAAACAGAGUUAAACAUUUAACAAAGUUCUUUACUAAAAUGAUAAAUCUUAUUAACACGUAAUUAUUAUGUCUUAAUUAUUGUCGCGAAACAGUUUAAAUUAACUAUAAUAAUACAGCAGUUGUCUUCUGCAUUAUAAUAAUUAUCUGUUGGAAGAUGUCAAAUAAUUUUGUUAAAGACAAAACACAUUGUAUAUACAAAUCAGAAGUACAAGUUAUUCUAUACAUCAAUAAACUCAACAAGUUUUUAUAUCUUACCCCUUUCCGCACGAGAUAGUAAGCCAGAUCAGUUGCUAGCAUAUUUAGCGUCAAAGCUGCUCGACAUUUGUCGGAGUUCACUUCUAAAGUUUUUAUAGUUUCCCGAGCAACGACGAGCAAAUCUGUCACAGUGUCGUAGGCAGUAAAUAGUGCCUCCUUGUCCUCUUGAAGAUCCUUAUUGUAAGUCGAAGGUAUACCUUUCAGCGUAGUCAGAAAUCCUACACACUUUUAUAUUUUUGCUUUUUUAUAUUUCAUUAACUAUUUUUUAAAAGAAAGAUGUCAAUGUAUGUAAAAAUAAUGUUUGUUAAAUAUUCUAUUUUUUAUACAUUUUAUAGCACGGUAACCUUAAAAUGACAACUUUAUUGUCGAUUUUGAGGUUGUCGUGCUAUAAAAUAUCGUAUGAGACUGUUGUGGGAGGUGUUUGUCUACCUUUUACUCGCUUCGCUCCUGCGAAAAACCUCGAGCAAGGUAGAAAACCAUCUCCCACAACAGUGUCAUAAUAUACUAUUAUGUGCAAAGAGGAGUAGGUGAAAAGAAUCGAUUUUUCGGCCUAAAAAUACACGUGCGUUUUGUGCAGAAACCGUUUCUUUUAACUUCCUCUUUCAAUAACUAUUCAUUUCUCAUCAUAGAAUGUUUUUUAAUGUGUUCUCUGUUAUUCGU